GAGGGACUCUAUAAUUGUAUACGCUGUUUGCGAAUAUGUGAAUGUACCCGCGGUAUAAACAAAUAUGGCUGUUUGUUCCAUUAUUUUCUGACAGAAGUAAUAUUCACGACUUAACAUUGUCAUUAUACUAUGGAACGGAUAAUUUGACUUUGCGUAUAUAAUGAAUUUUAUUGGUAACAAAAAUUUAAGCUGCCAAUGUGUUAAAUUCUACUCAGAAGAAAUUAUUGAAACAAUUACUUUAGCUUGAUAUGUCAUACGUUUGAAUUGAAUGCAAUUUUGUAAUAGUGGUAGGAUUAUUGUCAGAGUUCAUUGUAUUAAUUGUGGACUACGAUUAACAGCUCUUAGCUGUGCACAAAAAUGUUUGUGUAUUUAAGCAAAAAGAUUGCUAUACCGAACAACUUUCGCCUGAAUUGUAUAGCAUGGAAUCAGAGACAGGGAUUCAUUGCUGUAGGAGGAGAGGAUGGUCUUUUGAAAGUCCUUAGAGUUGAAUCGAAUACAAGCGGUCCUAGUAGUGAUGGGAAAACAAGAGGUCUGGCUGCAGCAAGUAACUUGAGCAUGAAUCAAACAUUGGAAGGUCAUAAUGGACAUGUACAAGUGGUUACCUGGAACGAGGAGCAUCAAAAAUUAACAUCGAGUGAUCAGCAUGGUGUUAUAAUAGUGUGGAUGCUUUACAAAGGAUCCUGGUAUGAAGAAAUGAUCAAUAAUCGGAAUAAGUCUGUGGUUAAAGGAAUGUCCUGGAGUUCCGAUGGUCAAAAAAUUUGCAUCGUGUAUGAGGAUGGUGCUGUGAUUGUUGGGUCUGUCGAUGGAAACAGAAUAUGGGGAAAGGAACUGAAGAAUACAUCUCUGACUGGAGUACAAUGGUCACCGGAUGGAAAACUUUUACUAUUUGGUCUGAAAACAGGUGAAGUUCAUCUCUACGAUAAUCAAGGUGUUUUCCUUAUGAAGCCCUCAUCGAUAUUUGGAAAUUCUGGACAAACACAAACUAUCGUAGCUCUCCAUUGGUAUGAUGGCAAGAAUGGCUAUGUCGCCCUAGACUGCCCAACACUGGCUAUCUGUUAUCAAAGUGGCAGAGUACAAUUAAUGAGAAACGAGAGUGAUGACAACCCUGUCGUCGUAGAAACAGGAAUGACAGCUGUUUGGUGUUCCUGGAACAACAGCGGAUCCCUACUAGCAGUUACUGGUUUAUUGCCAUUAUUAACCAAUGGUGAAAAAAAGGACACUAACUUUAUACAAUUUUACACUCCAUUUGGUGAACACGUGAGGACUUUAAAAGUUCCUGGUAGAGAGGUUACCUGUUGUGCUUGGGAAGGUGGAUCGCUCAGGGUAGCUCUCUCCGUAGACUCCCAUAUUUACUUUGCAAAUAUACGGCCGGACUAUAAGUGGACUUACUUCAGUAACACAGUGGUAUUCGCCAACGAGAGAAUUACGAAGGAUGGCGUCUGCGUUAUCUUCUGGAACACCACUAAUAAUUCUUGUUGUACAAAAUACGUGCGUUCUCUCAUUUCCGUCGCUUCUCAGGGAGAACACUGUGUCCUGGCAACUAGAAAUGAAGCUAAUCAAGGAAUGGAGCAAUUUGCAUUGAUCGUAUGUAACACCAUAGCCACUCCGAUAGACACCAAGUACCUGGACCUGGAACCUCUAUGGAUAACCAUGACAAGUAAUACUGUCAUAGCAGCUUCUAAAAAUAAUUUUAUUCUAUGGAACUUUCGAACGCCACGAAAUUCUGCGUUAAAUGCUGGCAGAACUCGACGGGACAGGAUCUACCAUGUGGAUGACACUCCUACAGGUGUUACGGAAGUCAUACAAGACUUGGAUAGAGAUAGAACUUUUGAAACUCCUGUGAACACUAAGGCUACUGUUGAUCCUAUUUGUACUAUAUGCUCUACAGAGAAGAUUCUCUUGGUUGGUAGAGAAUCUGGAAUGAUACAGUGCUAUUCGUUACCUCAAGUUACAUUGACAAAUAGAUACAGCACCAAUGCGAGGCCAUGUAAAAUGGCAGUCAAUUGUAAUUCCACCAGAGCCUCCAUAAUAGACACUUCUGGUAUCCUGACCAUGUUGGAUUUUGAAAAUCAGAAAGGAUCUGGUGAUAAUGAGGAUUGUAGUAAAUUUGAAAGAAAGGAUGUGUGGGCAAUGUGUUGGGCUCAGGAUAAUCCUACUCUGUUAGCAAUCAUGGAAAAGACAAGGAUGUAUGUUCUACGUGGCUUAGAUCCCGAGGAACCAAUAUCUUGUUCGGGAUAUAUCUGUUCCUUUCAUGAUUUAGAGAUCAGAUGUGUACUAUUAGAUGAUCUCAUGCAACAUCCGGAUGACACAAGACCAGAUCACAUCCUAGACCUUGAAGUGAAAUCGUUAAGAGAUACUAGAGAAUUACUAGCCAAAGUUGGUCUGAAGGAGGCCAAUAACUUCAUCCAAGAUAAUCCUCACCCUAGAUUAUGGCGUCUAUUGGCAGAAUCUGCCCUGAAACAACUGGACUUGGAAACUGCUGAGAAUUCAAUGGUACGCUGUACAGAUUACCUAGGAAUUCAGUUCAUUAAACGUCUACAAAACGUUCAUAAUGAUCAGCUGAAACGCGCUGAAGUUGCUGCCUUCCUGGGUAACUACGACGAAGCUGAAAAGCUUUAUCUUAAUUUGGACCGUCGUGAUCUGGCUAUUUCUCUUAGACAAAAGCUUGGCGACUACUUUCGGGUGGUGCAGCUCAUGAAGAUGGGUAUAGGUGGUUCCGAUAAACAGAUGGAACAUGCUUUCAACAAAAUUGGUGACUUUUUUGCAGAGAGACAGAACUGGGAUGGCGCCAGGGAGUAUUAUGAGAAGGGUCGAAAUCUGGAAAGACUUAUACAAUGCCAUUACAAGCUAGAAGAUUACCACGAACUGGCAGCAACUGUGGAUCAGCUUCCGGACAAAAGUCCAAUCUUGAAGACAGUAGCAAGAAUGCUGGCUUCCGUGGGUAUGUGUCCCCAGGCAGUAAACGCUUAUAUAAAAUACGGUGACGUUAAGCAAGCAGUAGAUACUUGUGUUAGAUUGAAUCACUGGGACCAAGCUGUGGACUUGGCAAAAACGUACAAGAUGGUCCAAAUUGGGGACUUAUUAAAUAAGUAUGCAGAGCAUCUUUUAUCAAAUGGCAAGAGACUUCAGGCUAUAGAAUUAUACAAGAAGGCAAACUGCCAUCUCGAAGCAGCAAAAUUACUCUUCAAGUUAGCUGAAGAGAAAGCUAAGGAAAGAAGCAAUCCUCUCAGGGUAAAGAAGAUUUACGUUCUGGCUGCUCUUCUCAUAGAAGAUCAUAUCAAGAAUACACCAGCUCUCAAGGGUACCAGAAGUAACGUGGUGAUGGGUCUGACUGAAAGUAAUGAAGAUUCCAAGGUUAUCGAAAGAGCGUGGCGCGGUGCAGAAGCCUACCACUUUCUUCUUCUAGCUCACAGACAGCUUUACAAUGGAGAAUCAGAUGCUGCGACGAAGACAUCUCUUAGGCUAAGGGAGUACGAGGAUAUUCUGGAUUCAGAAGACAUUUAUUGUCUGUUAGCAUUGUCCAGCUGUCUCAAUAGAGCUUUUGCAACCUGCUCCAAGGCUUUUAUAAAACUUGAAUCCCUAGAGAAGAUCUCCGAGUCCAAGAAAGAAGAUUAUGAAGAUCUUGCAUUAAGUAUCUUCACUAAGUACAGUCCUAAGGAUUCUCGCAAUUCCAGGACCGAAUGUGUCAACUGUGAAACCAUGGUUCCUGAUUGGUGCGUCGCAUGUCCCAAUUGCUCAUCCAGAUUUCCGGCCUGCGUCGUUUCCGGAAAACCUUUAAUGGAUCUGACUACAGCCUGGAUCUGCACUGUUUGCAGACACUACGCAGCCACUGAACGGGACGUUGUUAAUAUCAAUGCUUGCCCACUUUGCCAUAGUACCAUAACAUAUAUUUAAGAAAUGGCGACGCGACGAUAGUCUGACUACGUAAAACUAUAUUGUAUUUACACGCAAUAAGUAAGGCCUUAUAUGAUUUUUAACGACUAAAUAAUAUUUGCAGUAAAUCAGUAUUAUAUAAUGCAACAAUUAGUAUAUCUUGAUCACAAGAUUACUCCAACUUUUUAAUUAAGAUAAGUUGUAUAUGUUAUGCUCACCUACAUACACUGUAGUACAAAUUGAAUCCGUCCGAUUAGUGUUAAAUGUAAUUUAUAUUAUCUGUGAAGACAUAUAUAUAUAUACACACACAAAAGUAUAUAAUGUAUUGAUAAAGUAAACGCGUUUCCUGUCUCUAAAUACAUUCCAUAGUAAUCGUUAAUCAAUUUGCUUAACAACGAGUCACUCCUCUUGAAUCAAUGAUAAAUUAGAACGAUAAAGAUAUAUAAAUACUCUACAGAAUAUACAAUUCCAAACACACACAAUAAUAGAUAAAGAGGUACACGUAUCUCCAAUGAAUUUUCAAAUACCUAAUCAAAUCUAAUGCAGCAGCCGCGAGUCAGGCGGUACCAUAUAAGUUAUCAAGACGAUAGAAGCAAAAGUAAACAUAUAUAUCUCCACAGUCUCAUUCUGUCAAGUGCAUCCAAAAUUGAAUCUUUAAUGAACUUGUUUUAUGUCCCAAGAGUUACCCCGAGGGCACAUAAACUUUCAUAAUUUCCCGUCGGAAAGCGAGAGAGAACAAGAAAAAUAGAUCAAAAACGUUCAGAGGCUUCUUUAAUCCCAUGCUAAGAUGAG